GGGCAGCCCUCGCCCUCCCACCCCCAGCAUGAGCGCCCCCCCCCGCCGGGUCCGGCUGCGGCCCUGGCUCGUGGCCCAGGUUAGCAGCGGCCGGUUCCCCGGACUGCAGUGGCUGGACCCUGAACUGCGGCUAUUCAGGGUCCCCUGGAAACAUGCAACACGACACAGCCCCCCCGAGCAGGAGGACACCAUUUUCAAGGCGUGGGCUCUGGAGACCGGGAAGUACCAGGAGGGUCUGGAUGAACCGGACCCGGCGAAGUGGAAGGCGAACCUGCGCUGCGCUCUGAACAAGAGCCGCGAGUUCCAGCUGAAAUACGACGGGACCAAAGAGACGCCGGUCCAACCGUACAAAAUCUACGAGGUGUGUGAGCAGAGUGCCGGAGCAGAUUUUGUUGAUGAGGACGAGGAGGAGAUGCCCAACAUGAUGGAGCUCAGCCUCAACCCCCGGAUCAGCAACACCCCCUCGUUUGGACUGGUGGUCCCCAUGAGUUCGGACCUCCAGGAUCGGGGAAGGCUCUGUAACGGCCUGCAGGAUCUGACCUCCCCCCCGCUAGAAGCCAGCAGCAUGGGGGGGGUCCAGAACCACCAAACCUGCAAGUACGACCUGCUGAGCAGCGUCCCACUGACAGACCUUGAUCUGAAGGUACAGUACCGAGGCCGGACUGCGGCGUCCCUGCUGGUUAGUAACCCUCAGGGCUGCCGGCUGUACUCGGGUCACCUUGAGCCAAGUCCUGAUCAGGUAGAGCUGUUUGGGCCCAUCACCCUUCAGCAGGUCCAGUUCCCCGGGACCUCUGAUAUCCAGAACCAGAAGCAAAAGUUUUACACCGAUGCCCUGCUGGACGUCAUGGACCGAGGUCUGAUCCUGGAGCUCUGGGAGCAGGACAUCUACGCAGUCCGGCUCUGCCAGUGCAAGGUGUUCUGGUCCGGACCCAGCAGCUCCGAACCAGGACCCCCCAACCCCCUGGAGCGCGAGAAGAAGGUCCGGGUCUUCAGCCUCAACGACUUCUUGCAAGGUCUGAUCCUGUUCCAGAAAGGAGAGACCCCAACCCCACCCCCCUUUGAGAUAUACUUCUGCUUUGGGGAGGACUGGCCUGACAAGAAACCCAAAGAGAAGAAACUGAUCAUUGUCCAGGUGGUCCCAGUAGUGGCCCGGAUCCUCACUGAGAUGUUCUCUGGAGAACUCAGCUGGUCCACCGACAGCAUCCGGCUUCAGAUCUCAAACCCGGACGUGAAGGACCGGACUGUGGAGCAGUUCAAGGAGCUACAGAGGCUCCUGCAGAGCCAACACAUCCAGGGGCCCUGGAACCCCACCGUGCCCUAAACCUGGACCCUCAGCAUGCAUUAAACCUGGAUCACUAACCUCUCCUGAACCAGGGACCCCUAUUCUCUCCUGUGACGUCGGAUUAUUUCAAAGACUGUGAUGUUUGUAUAAAAUGUUUUAAAGUGUCUCUUUGGUCAGAAUCUGAUCUCAGGGUAACAGGAAGUGAACUGCUCUGGUAGUCUUCAGUUCUGUGGGGAUUUUAAAGUCAGGUCCACAUUUCAAGUCUGUCCAGAGACCAUGUUCAGGUCUUAAGAGGAAAAGGAAGUGAUGUCCACCCAGACCGCUAAAUCUGUUUUGCCACACUGUAAAAGAUAAAGGGCUUAAUCUGCUUUACCGUCUUCAGAUUAAACAGUUUUCAGAUUAAACAGUUUUCAGAUUAAACAGUUUUUAGAUUAAA